AUGUCCGGAGGUGUCCAAGUCGAGACCCUGGCUGCAUUGCGCGACUUCCUCGACGUCGUGCUGCUUUCGCUCGAAGCAACCCCUCCCGUACCUCUCUCGGCGCAGACGACGACGACCCUCCUCGAGAAGCUCAAGAUGACGUCCAAGAAGCUCAAGACGUCCGAAUCGACGGCGCUGCCCGCGCCAAGCAAGCUCACAGCCUUUGACGCGUACACGUACCUGACUGCGCAGUCGUACCACGGACACGUGGCCACGACGCACAAGGCUCCGACGCAUGCAGCGCUGAACUCGUGGCACGGAAAGGCGGCGACGAAGCACAAGCCUGCGAAGGUCCAAGGAACCACGACGUACAAGCCAUACGCGGCGCCGAUGCACCACGGACAUGCAGCAGCACCAACCAAGACACCCACAUAUCCGGCGAGCAAGCACGGACAAGCGAAACCAGCGUACAAGCCCGCCGCGCUGCAACAGGAAACCACGACGGCGACAGGCGACGUUGCCGUGCUCUUGAAGCGGCUCGAUGCACUCGAAGCGAGCAACGCGGCUCUGAAGGCGACGGUGGUGGAGCUGGAAGGCAAGCUCGAGGAGCACGUCGAGCGUGUGACUGAGAUCACGAACGACCAAGAGUCGACGAACGAGCAGGUCGAACACAAGCUACACGCGCUCGAUAUGACGGUCAAAAGCCACACCAAAUUGACGCAGAUCCAGGAGAGCAAGAUCCAGACGAUGAGCAAGACGCUCAAAGAGCACACGACCGUCAUCAACUGCGUCAAGUACCGCAAGUGA